CAACACCUUCAACAUUUACAACCACUUCCACUACUACAACUACUCCUAUGCCACCUGAGUCAACAGAAACGCCCCCUGUAACUAGUACAAGUACUAGCACAACACCUUCAACAUUUACAACCACUUCCACUACUACAACUUCCACUACGCCACCUGAGUCAACAGAAACAUCACCUGUAACUAGUACAAGUACUAGCACAACACCUUCGACAUUUACAACCACCUCCACUACUACAACUACUCCUAUGCCACCUGAGUCAACAGAAACGCCCCCUGUAACUAGUACAAGUACUAGCACAACACCUUCGACAUUUACAACCUCCUCCACUACAGAUACUCCUAUGCCACCAACGGAAACGCCACCUGUAACUAGUACGAGUACUAGCACAACACCUUCAACAUUUACAACCACUUCCACUACUACAACUACUCCUAUGUCACCUGAGUCAACAGAAACGCCCCCUGUAACUAGUACGAGUACCACAACUACUCCUACACCACCUGAGUCAACAGAAACGCCACCUGUAACUAGUACAACUUCUAGCACAACACCAUCGACAUUUACAACCUCCUCCACUCCUACAACUACUCCUACGCCACCAACAGAAACACCACCUGUAACUAGUACGAGUACUAGCACAACACCUUCAACAUUUACAACCACUUACACAACUACAACUACUCCCACGCCACCUGAGUCAACAGAAACGCCCCCUGUAACUAGUACAAGUACUAGCACAACACCUUCGACAUUUACAACCUCGUCCACUACUACAACUACUCCUAUGCCACCUGAGUCAACAGAAACGCCACCUGUAACUAGUACAACUUCUAGCACAACACCUUCGACAUUUACAACCUCCUCCACUACAGCUACUCCUAUGCCACCAACAGAAACGCCACCUGUAACUAGUACGAGUACUAGCACAACACCUUCAACAUUUACAACCACUUCCACUACUACAACUACUCCUAUGCCACCUGAGUCAACAGAAACGCCCCCUGUAACUAGUACAAGUACUAGCACAACACCUUCGACAUUUACAACCUCGUCCACUACUACAACUACUCCUAUGCCACCUGAGUCAAUAGAAACGCCACCUGUGACUAGUACGAGUACCACAACUACUCCUACACCACCUGAGUCAACAGAAACGCCCCCUGUAACUAGUACAAGUACUAGCACAACACCUUCAACAUUUACAACCUCGUCCACUACUACAACUACUCCUACACCACCUGAGUCAACAGAAACGCCACCUGUAACUAGUACAACUUCUAGCACAACACCAUCGACAUUUAUAACCUCCUCCACUACAGCUACUCCUAUGCCACCAACAGAACGCCACCUGUAACUAGUACGAGUACUAGCACAACACCUUCAACAUUUACAACCACUUCCACUACUACAACUACUCCUAUGCCACCUGAGUCAACAGAAACGCCCCCUGUAACUAGUACAAGUACUAGCACAACACCUUCGACAUU